UACUUCGCUCAGUGUUAGUCAGACAGCGCUACUGGCAGCUAUAAGCCUGUGUGUGUGCGUGCGUUCGUUAGCUACUGCUUGCAGGCCUCGACUGCUUGCUCUCGAGAGAACAACUGCUGCUGUGCGGGUCCUCGGCUCUCUCGUUCAACGACGACCGAAGUUAUUGCUGCCACUGCCUCUCACCCGAAACACAGGCGCUGCUCGGCACAAGCUGAAGCAGAGAGUGAGUGAGUCUUAUCCAGAGGAUACACAAGGGGGUGAAGCCCGAGGCAGACAGACGGCACAGAGAAAGGCUCUACUCGCUACACGUCGAACUAAGGAGGAAAGCAGCCAAAAAAAAAAGGACGCGACUGCACGACGCUGUUGCAGAGGCCUAUACGCAAGAAAAACCAUUCGAGUCCCCCCCCGAGACAGGAAUCGAGAGAGGACCGAGUGCAAUUGUUAUUAAAGAUAUCAGCAUCAACAGCCAUCCAUAAUGAGCGAGCUAACUCCCGAAGAGAUGAGGCGAAGGCGCUUGGCACGUUUAGGAGGCCUCAACAGUUCUUCCACUUCAUCUGAAAAUGGAGACCAGGCACUGAGCAGUCCUGACGUACCUAUGCCAGAUGCUCCAGAUGCUAUUGUUUCACCAACAAAAGAUGUUGAGAUGCCACAGAUGCCACCUCCCAUUUCACAAGAUUCGGAAAUAACAGAAAAACCCAUGCAGGUAGAUGAAUGUUCGAAGAAGCAAAUGAAUUCAUCUGGGGUUGAUGUUGACUCGGGAAUAGAAAAUAUGGAAGUAGACGAUUCUGAUAAAAAAGAAAUGACUCCAAGAUCAAGGACUACAAGUACUGGUGAAAUGACAGUAGAGCAAUUACAUUCUGUAAUAUCAAGAGUUUUGUGUGUGUCUUGGAAAGGCACUACAGAGGGCACAAUUUACCUGCCUGAGACAGCUAAUGCAAUUUCAAGUUGUAGCAAAGAACAAAUUCCUGUAGAUCUAUCCGAUAUUGUAAGCCAAGCUAUAAUAGAGGUGUUUCAUAAAUUUGCUUCUGGGGAAGAUCCACUCAAAGACAUAGCAGUAGAUGCUAUGCUUGAUUGUAAAGAGAGUCCAACUAGCCCAUUGAUCAGUCCAGGAUCAUUUGACCCUUUUAAUUCAAGCAAUGAUGAAGCAAAAGAUAGUCAAAAUGAAGAUAAUAAAAAGCAGCUUUCACCUCCAAAAAUUUUAGUGUAUCUCUUAGAGUCAUAUGCAAGAGUGCAUACAGAAGAGAGAAAUAAUGCUAAGCGUGCUAGUGUACCACCUUUAUCAGAUUUAUUAUCAACGAUACGCGCACAAUGUGUUCAAUAUGCAAGUCUUGUUAUUCAAGGCUAUGUGCCAAUUACUGAAAACAAAGACAAAGAUUUGCCACCAUUUUAUUCACCAUUACUUCCAUUUGUUCUAAAUCAAACAUUACCAAGGGGAUUCUUGCAUCAACUGGUCAACAGCACUUAUUUGGAUGAAGAAGAAUUUAAAAAUAUCUUCAAUCCUUUACUACAAAGUCUGUUUCUCACAAUGCAGCAGGGUAGUUUAGUCCAACCAACUCAUAGAUUUCCCAUUCGGGCAUUAGAUGAAUUAAUUGAGAUUAAAUGUGGACCAUCAAACGUUAGACCAUUAUGUAAAUUAAUUAUCGAACAAAAACAAUUUUCACCAGUAUUGGUAACCCCAGCAAAAGGUCGUGAAGUAGCUAGAACUUCAUUCCUUGGACCAUUUUUGUCUAUAUCAACUUUUGCUGAAGACCAACCCAAAGUGGCAGAGAAGUUUUUCGGUACCGGCUCUAAUGACAAAUCUAUGAUACAAUUAAUUCAAAAAGAGUUAGAAAGUACAAGAUUGUCUUUACACAAAAUUAUUCACGCCCUUCUCGCUACUACGUCAUGCAGAGAUCAAGUUCUGGAAUAUCUUGCAUCGUUGCUUUCAUUGAACGAAAAACGAUCACAAAUUCAAACAGAAGAACACCUUUUAGCUGGUGACGGAUUUUGUCUAAAUAUUCUAUCAGUAAUGCAAAUCCUGUCACAAAAAAUAAAACUCGACACAGUCGAUACCAUGUAUAUUUUCAACCCGAAAAAUUUGUUGUCGCUUAAACGAGACAUCACUAGAUUGAAAACCUCUGCUGACGAAGCAGAAGAAUGGAUUGCGAAGAAAAUUAAUGAUGGCUAUCAGUGGCCUACUGCGAAAUUUCCUACACAGUGUUGGUUCUUAACUCUACAUUUCCAUCAUAUCGCAUUAAUUCCAGCUUUCCAUAAGUACACUAAAAAACAGCGUACCAUGCGCGAUCUUCAAAAAUUAGUGGAAGAGCUCACGUCCACCGAGUCUUCGUGGAAAAACACUCGUCUGGAAGAAACUAACAAAGCGUUGAUGAGGCGUUGGAAAAGUCAAAUUAAACGCCUACGUAAAUCCAAAGCUUGUGCCGAUGCAGGAUUAAUCGAUCCUCAAUUGAUCAAGCGCUCUUUGAUAUUCUAUACUACUGUCGCCGAGGUCUUGCUUAGAGCAUUAACCGGUGUUGAUAACGUGCAUGAUUUGGCUUACAAUAGUAAUCUUAGCAACAUUCUAAACUGCCGUACGGAAGCGCCAAAAGAAUUCACUGCCUUGCCUGAAUGGUACAUCGAGGACAUUGCCGAAUUUUUACUGUUUUCUUUGCAACAUGCAACAACCACAUUAGUCACUUAUACCGAUACUGUUAUGAUCACUUGGUUACUCGUUACGAUCUGUGCCCAAGACUAUAUACGUAAUCCUUACUUGAUUGCCAAAUUAAUUGAAGUGUUAUUCAUGAUUGUCGGAAGCGUUAAUGGCCGAACAGACACUUUGCAAAAACAAAUAAUGAGUCAUCCAUUGUCGAGUAUGAUACUUGCACCGAACUUGAUGAAGUUUUACACGGAUGUCGAGACGACUGGAGCGUCAUCUGAAUUCUAUGACAAGUUCUUUAUUCGCUAUCAUAUUUCGCUCAUCUUGAAAGGCAUGUGGGACAGUCCUGUUCAUCAAACGUCGAUUAUUCGCGAAAGCUCGAAUGGAAAACAAUUUGUGAAAUUCAUAAACAUGCUAAUGAACGACACAACAUUUUUGCUAGACGAGUCUUUGGAAUCUCUGAAGCGUAUACAUGAAGUUCAGGAGCUCAUGUCUGAUCAGCAUGCAGCUUGGAAUGCCCUUUCUCAAGAACAGCAGCAGUCUCGCACUCGACAAUUGGCCACUGACGAAAGACAAGCUAGAUCUUAUCUAACUUUGGCUAAAGAAACUGUUACGAUGUUCCAUUACCUGACGAUACAAAUUACCGAGCCUUUCUUAAGACCUGAAUUAGCUGGACGGCUCAGCGCUAUGCUUAAUUUCAAUCUAAAACAAUUGUGCGGAUCAAAAUGUAAAAAUUUGAAAGUCAAAGACCCACAAAAGUAUGGAUGGGAACCAAGAGUUCUUCUUGGACAUAUUGUUGAUAUAUAUUUACAUUUAGAUUGUGAAAAAUUCGCUGGUGCUUUAGCAAGUGAUGAGAGAUCUUUUUCACAAGAACUGUUUAAAGAAGCAGCAAGCAAGCUCGAGCGCUCAGGCAUAAAGUCCAUGACUGAAAUUGAACGCUUUAAAGCUUUAGGAGAGAAAGCUUACAAAAUACAGUGUGAAAAUAGAGCAAAGGAAGAAGAUUACAAUGACGCACCAGAUGAGUUCAAAGAUCCAUUAAUGGGUACACUUAUGGAGGAGCCAGUAAAACUGCCAUCUGGUAUCAUAAUGGAUAAAGACGUUAUCAUACGACAUCUAUUGAACAGUGCAACGGAUCCCUUCAGUCGGCAACCUCUCAGUGAAGACAUGCUUCAACCUGAAACUGAUCUCAAACAAAGAAUAUCUGAUUGGAAACAACAAAAGAGUACAUCUAAUGCAUAAAAAUUAUAAAUUUAAAAAAUUCAAGACUGGACCGAAUUCAUAAUAUAUAUUCGAUAAUACUUGACAGUGGCGAAACAGAUUUAAAAAGCAAUGGUGACUACAGUGCAUUUUUUAAUUUUCUUUAAAAAAUUUAACUAAUCAUAACAAGAAGAGCUAAAUUAAAAUUUAGUGCGUGAUCUCUCGUGGUAGUGCUUGUUUAUAAUUUAAAAAUUAAUUUCAUAAACAUGGUGAAAAAGUUUUAAGCCAAUUAGAGCUAUCGAGCUGCCAAUAUUAUUUGAAUUGAAUAUACAUAUAGUUAUAUUAGAUUUAUGUAAAUAUUAAGAUUUUAGGAUAAUAUUGUGUACAAGAAUAUAACAAAUAUAUUUGUGUAGCUACGGUUCAAACCAUUUUUAAGGAUAUUUGGAGAAAAAAAUUAUGAAAAGUUGUAAAAAGUACAGAUAAAUAAUUAUAUGUAUGUUUUGGGUACCUAAAAAUUAUUGUACAUUUUUCAUGUUAUUGGAUAAAUGGUGAAGAAUAUGUUCAAGUAUAAUUCUCCUCAAGCUGUAAAAAAUUCAAAGUAUGAAUUGGUUAGUUAUUAAAAAUUUGGUAUGAUUGAGGUAAUUUUUUGAUGAUUGUGACAGAAUUAUUUGGAAUUGUUUUGAUACUAUAAAAAAUUAAGAAUAGGUAGGAAGAUAACAAUUGCACAUUUUUAAUCACUAAAAAUUAAUACAGUAAAACUUUAUAAAAAUUA